UACAAUUGAAUCUAACAUUGAAAGUCAGUGCAGGCAUAGUUGGAUAACCUGCAUUACAAGAGUAAAUUAACCAACGAAAUAUAAUCAUUGUGUGUGUGUGUGUGCCUGUGUGGUGUAUGAAGUGGAGAUUCGAAACAUGUUUAAAAAAUUCGACGAGAAAGAAAGCGUGACGGGAGUGCAACAGCUCAAAUCAUCCGUACAAAAAGGGAUCAGAACAAAGCUCGUAGAUCAGUAUCCAUACCUGGAGAAUUACGUUGACUCGGUCCUUCCAAAGAAGGAUACAUAUCGGAUUGUCAAAUGCCAUGACCACAUAGAAAUAUUGGUCAAUACUUCUGGUGAGCUGCUGUUUUUCCGGCACCGGGAAGGUCCAUGGAUACCGACAUUACGACUUCUGCACAAGUAUCCAUUCCUUUUGCCAUGGGAGCAGGUUGAUAAGGGAGCUAUUCGAUUUGUCCUUAGUGGUGCUAACAUUAUGUGUCCGGGACUUACAUCUCCAGGAGCCAAAAUGACUCCAGUUCCAAAGGGAACAAUUGUUGCUGUGAUGGCCGAAGGCAAACAGCAUGCAUUAGCAAUAGGAAUUACAACAUUAUCUACAGAAGACAUUGCAAAAGUGAACAAAGGCAUUGGAGUAGAAAACUAUCAUUAUUUAAAUGAUGGCCUGUGGCAAAUGAAACCUGUAAAAUGAUAUGUGUUCUGCCUAUUUAUGUGAACUGCCUUUUAAAAAGUGUUGUUGAAAACCAGCUGCGUGUAAAUAAAUUAUUGUUUCUUGCUGC